GUUUAUACUAUCAACUUGGAAUCUCGUUAUAUACUAAUACAAGGAGUUCCUGCACUAGGUGUUAUGAAGGAAUUAGUUGAACAAUUUGCAUUAUAUGGUGCCAUUGAAGAGUAUCAUGCUUUAGACGAAUAUCCAGCAGAGCAAUUUACGGAAGUUUAUCUUAUAAAAUUCCAGAAACUGCAAUGUGCAAGGGUGGCCAAGAAAAAAAUGGAUGAACGAAGUUUCUUUGGUAGUUUGCUGCAUGUGUGCUAUGCUCCAGAAUUUGAAACAGUCCAAGAAACUAGGGAGAAGCUGCAGGACAGAAGAAAGUAUAUAGCAAAAGCAACAAAUCAAAGAGAUUGCUUUGUGUUAAAGAAAGUAGAGAGGCCUAAGAAGACCGUCUCAAAGAACUCUGACUGUCCAUGGAGUACAUCAGGAUCAUGUGGAACUGGUAACUGGGAUCCAUCCUGCUUUACAAGUUCUCACGGAGUAUCCCACAACACAGGGUAUCCACCUGGGAAUCAUCACCAGAGCCUGUUGACAUUUCCCCAGUAUGAUAACCAUUGUGCUGAGACUUCUGGGUACUUUGGUCAAAACACAUCCCUAACUCUAAGUAUACAGCCAGGAGGACAUACUCCACCAACGCCUUUAAUGCAGCAAAGAACAGUUCCAGUUGAUAAUGGAGUUGACAGGUUUAUGCCUCGUACGACUCACCUGCAAGAACGUAAGAGGAAGCGAGAAGAAGGUAACAAGUUUUCCCUCAUUGGAACAAAUGUGGACAAUACUGAAGUCACUAUUGGUCCACAGCUACCAGAAAUACCUAAAGUGGAUAUGGAUGAUGAUUCCUUGAAUACUUCAGCUACAUUAAUUCGAAAUAAACUGAAAGAGGUAGCAGAUUCUGUUUCAAGAACAUCUGUGGAAAAGCCAGAGAGUAACUCAGCCAAACCACUUGUAAAGCAGAGAAGAAGAAUAUAG